AUUAAAAUAUAGAUAUUUGCUGGGAUUUAUACAAUAAAGUUUCUUAUUUUUUCUUAAAUAAACUCCAGCAAAUAUGGAGAAGUUGACUGAUAACUGGCGUUCGAAGUUAUUUAUUAAGUAAAGUCCAAGUCCACAUUCGGAACGCGCAUGAUUCACGGCGCAGCUUUGGUCGUCGUGGAUUCCUUGGCGAAUACCAUCAUUGCCACGAACUAGGUAACCACAGUAGGUGUGCAAGGUCGAAAAUCGUGUGGAAACUUUAUAGUGAAGUGAAUAAAUUAGUGACUGCUUGCACCUAGAGGAAUUCAGUGUGGAUUUGGGACUUUUAAUCAAUUUAGAAUGAUAUAAAAUCUGGUGUUAUCUAUGAUUAUCUUUAAAAAAGUGUUUUGGACGUUCUGGUGUAUAGGCUUAAUAGACUUUGAAAAUUUACAAGUGUAAAAAUAUCUUCAUACGAAGUCAGUAAAAUUUAUAUUACCUUAAAUUCAUCAAGAUGUCAGAACGAUUGAAAAACACUCGGGCUUCUGAUGAAGAAUCUUCCAAGAUUAUCGACGAGUUGACUAAAGAUUUGGAAAAUAAUGUGAAUACUCAGGAUGAGACUGAAUUCUUAGUGAAUCCUGACAGUCCUGAAGACAUUCCAUCUAGUAGUGGGGUUGGGGGAAUCUCAGAUUUACCAUCCAAAGAAGAAGAAUUAGACAGAGACAAAACGGAGAGUGACACCGAUUCGAUAGAUGAGGAAUCUCUCAAAGAUGCUGAAGUGGACCUCACAGAUGAUCAAAAGCAGGAACGAAGGAUCAUUGCUGAGCAGUUGAAGGUAGCUGGUAAUGAAUCAUAUAAAGUGAAAGAUUAUGAUCGAAGUAUAGAAAAAUAUACAGAAGCUCUCAAAAUCUGUCCACUUCAGUUUUCGCAACUCCGCUCGUUUCUGUAUUGCAAUCGAAGUGCCGCAAAAAUGGCCCAGCAGAAAUACAGCAGUGCUGCUAAAGACUGCACUAAAGCUAUAGAACUUGAUGAUAAGUACUUCAAAGCAUAUUACAGACGCGCACAAUCAUACGAAGCUUCAGAUAAGUUAGAUGAAAGUCUUGCAGAUUUCAAAAAGAUGUUAGAAUUAGACCCUUCUCACAAAGAGGCACUGAAAGCUAUUACCCGCCUUCCACCGCUUAUUGAAGCUAAAAACGAAAAACUUAAAACUGAAAUGUUAGGUAAACUCAAGGAUUUGGGAAACAUGUUGUUGAGACCGUUUGGCUUGUCAACUGAUAAUUUUCAAUUAGAACAGGACGCUGAAUCGAAGGGUUACAAAAUUAAUUUUAAGCAGUAAAUUAGUAUAUGCCCACUGUAAAAUUUAAUAUUGAAAUACAGAUAUAUACCUUAUUUUA